AUGGGCACGCUGAGGGAUCUGCAGCUAGCCUUGCAGCUGAAGACUGAGGAGCUGAGACAGCGAGACACCCUGAUCGACGAGCUGGAGUUGGAGAUGGACACUAAAGACGACCUGAUCAGACAGCUGCAGACGGAGCUGGACAAGCACCGCAGCCCCUCACAUCACUCACCCAACUCCGUGGAUGCAUCAACUGCUGGCACAGUGCUGCAGUCUGCAGGAGCACCGGAUGAGCCUCAGCGUACCAAGAGACAGGCUAUUUCUGCAGAGCCCACUGCACUGGACCCCUCCCAGCUUUCACAUGUUACACUCACCAGCUACAGCAAGGGCAAGGAGUCUAGGGAGCUGAUCCAGAGGGCCCUGCUGGAGAAUGACUUCAUGAAGCACCUGGAACAUGGACAGAUUCUGACCAUUAUGGACUGUAUGCACCCAACCAGUCUUGCCCAGGGCUGCUGUGUCAUCCAGGAGGGAGACGAUGGCUCGAUAGUCUAUGUUCUGGAGGAGGGAAAGGUGGAAGUAACUAAAGAAGGAAAAAAGCUGUGUACCAUAAAUCCGGGGAAAGUGUUCGGGGAACUUGCUAUCUUGUAUAACUGCACACGCACAGCAACUGUUACAGCCUUGACUGACAUCAAACUCUGGGCCAUUGACAGACAGCGGUUUCAGACCAUAAUGAUGAGGACUGGUCUGAUCAAACAUGCUCAGUACAUGGAGUUUCUGUGCAGUGUCCCCUCAUUUCAGUCGCUGCCUGAGGAUGUUCUCAGUAAACUGGCUGAUGGGUUGGAGGAGACUCAUUACAGUGAGGGCGACUACAUCAUCCGUCAGGGAGCCACCGGAGACACAUUCUUCAUCAUCAGUGAAGGGCAGGUUAAGGUUACUCAACAGAAAUCUGACAACGAGGAGCAGAUGUUCCUGAAUACUCUCUCCAGGGGGGAAUGGUUUGGCGAGCAGGCUCUGAAAGGGGAAGACGUUCGCACAGCCAGCGUCACAGCUCUGGGAGAUGUCACCUGUCUGGUCAUUGACAGAGAGUCUUUCAAGCAGCUGAUUGAAGGGCUGGAUGACGUCAGCAGUAAACACUAUGACAGUGACGAGCUGAAGGCGAAACUGCAGGCGGAGGAAGUGUUUUUCUCCUCUGUUUCCCUCAGUGACAUCACAACCGUCUGCAUUCUGGGAGUGGGAGGCUUCAGCCGGGUGGAGUUGGUGCAGCUGAAGAACGAGCCCAGCCGCUCGUUCGCCCUGAAAGUGCUGAAGAAGCGCCACAUCCUAGACACCAGUCAACAGGACCACAUCUUGUCGGAGCGCCGCAUCAUGAUGGACGCUCACAGCCCCUUCACCAUCAGACUGUAUCGAACAUUCAGAGAUGCCAAAUAUCUCUACAUGCUGCUUGAGGCCUGCCUAGGAGGGGAACUUUGGACACUGCUGAGAGACAGGGGCUCCUUCGAUGACGGCACCACCCGGUUCUACACGGGCUGUGUCAUCGAGGCUCUGGCCUUCCUGCACUGCAGAGGGAUCAUCUACAGAGACCUCAAGCCUGAGAACAUCAUACUCGACCAUCGGGGAUAUGCCAAGCUGGUGGACUUUGGCUUUGCUAAGAAGGUGGGUCUGGGUAAGAAAACAUGGACGUUUUGUGGGACUCCGGAGUAUGUGGCCCCUGAGAUCAUCUUGAAUAAGGGCCACGACAGUUCAGCUGACUGCUGGUCUCUAGGAAUCCUGAUCUAUGAGCUCCUCAGUGGCAGUCCUCCAUUCUCAGGAUCUGAUCCGAUGAAAACCUAUAACAUCAUCCUGAGAGGGAUCGACAUGAUAGAGUUUCCAAAGAAGAUCACCAAGAAUGCCGCUAACCUCAUCAAACGCCUCUGCAGGGAUAACCCAUCAGAGAGGCUUGGAAAUCAGAAAAGUGGAGUGAAGGACAUUCAGAAACACAAGUGGUUUGAGGGUUUUGACUGGGAAGGCCUUCGCCAGGGAACCAUGGACUCUCCCUUUACACCCAGAGUGGAUGGACCACUGGACAACAGAAACUUUGACUAUUUCCCUGAGGACACUGAAGACCCUCCUGCUGAUGAAGAGUCUGGUUGGGAUUUGGAGUUUUAUUAAUUUGUGUGUGUGUGUGUGUGUGUGAGCUAUCAGUCCACUGGGUAGUCAAAGGUUGCAUGUGGUGUGGGUGAAGGAGAGCUAGAGCCCUCUUAGAAACAGGUAAAUCUCUCGUUCAAGUCACAGGGCUUUGCAACAAACUGUAAAUAAUUUAGAUUUUCAAUUAUAACCCAAACCCACGUUGUAGAG